GUCUCCAAUGCUUCCACAAUAUUAAAUUUAUCUUCUAUAUGUCUUCUGAUAUAUAAUAGCUAACAACCCUUCAAAAUCUUUCGAUUCAUCUUACGAAGAAGUAAGGCAUAUAGACUUGGUAUAUUUCUUGGGUAACUCAUAGAAUCUCUCCUCAAAGUCAUCAUCUACCUUUCUUUCUUGUUUUACCUGCAGGUCACUGCCGUGUUUUUUUGCUGUCUAUUAUACCUGCGUUUCUUUCUUUCUUCUUCUUCUUCUUCUUCUUCUUCUCUUUGCUUAAGUUGAAUAAUUGCCCAUCUUAUUUUCUUUGCUUCUUUCUUUCUUUUUUUCUUUUUCUUUUUUCUGUCAGCUGAGAGCUAUUGAAUUGUUUGAUUUUUAGCUCAGCGUUGAUGAUUAUACUUUUUCCUGUCUGCACUUAAGUAUCUUAGAAUCUCCCAAGUAAAAUUCUUUUUUUUUUUUCUUUUUUUUCUUUUUUCCCCGCACUUUUAUUUACCUAGCUCGUUGAAUUUGGAUUAUAGAAUUAAAAUUAAAUAGGAAGGAAUUAAGCUCUCUUUUUCCUAUACAAGAAUGGCUGCCCCUCCUAGUAGUCGCCUGCAAAAUAUGUUGCAGGCUGCGGUGCAAUCUGUUAAUUGGACUUAUUCUCUUUUUUGGCAACUUUGUCCACAACAAGGAAAAAAAUAAGAAUCGACUGCAAUUCAUCAGGAUUUUAGUGUGGGGCGAUGGGUAUUAUAAUGGAGCUAUCAAGACCAGAAAGACAGUGCAACCAAUGGAGGUUAGUGCCGAGGAGGCCUCUUUACAAAGGAGUCAGCAGCUUAGAGAGCUUUACGAAUCAUUAUCUGCAGGAGAAACUAACCAGCCAGCAAGAAGGCCUUGUGCCGCCUUGUCACCCGAGGAUUUAACCGAGUCUGAAUGGUUCUAUUUGAUGUGUGUGUCCUUCUCUUUUCCUCCUGGUGUAGGGUUGCCGGGAAAGGCAUAUGCUCGGAGGCAGCAUGUAUGGCUUACAGGUGCGAACGAGGUCGACAGCAAAACCUUUUCUAGGGCUAUCCUUGCCAAGAGUGCUCGUAUACAGACUGUGCUGUGCAUCCCUCUACUUGACGGUGUUGUUGAAUUUGGGACAACCGAGAAGGUUCAAGAAGACCUAGGAUUUGUCCAACGUGUGAAAAACUUCUUCAGUGACCACCACCAUAAUCACAGCCACCCACCUCCUCCACCGCCAAAGCCCGCUCUUUCCGAACACUCCACUUCUAACCCUGCCACAUCAUCAGACCACCUCCGCUUCCACUCUCCUCCAAUCCCCGCCACGUACGGCGCAACAAACAACCCACCCACAAACCCAAACCAGGAUGAAGAGGAAGAGGAAGAAGAUGAAGAUGACGAAGAGGAAGAUGGAUCGGAUUCAGAAACAGAAACAGGUCGAAAUAACCGUACUAUAGCCGGCGAAGCUCAAAUAGAAACAGCAGCAGCAGAGCCAAGUGAACUUAUGCAACUAGAAAUGUCAGAAGAUAUUCGUCUUGGUUCACCUGAUGAUGGGUCUAACAACUUAGAAUCAGAGUUUCACUUGAUUGGUUCGAGAAACCAAGAUCUUCAGAGUAGAGUAGAAUCGUUCAGAGCAGAGUCAGCCAGAAGAUGGGCACUGGUGCACGACCCGUUGAGUAGCCGCCUUCAACCAUCACUUCCUCCAGGGCCGCCAGCAGCAACAGCCCCACUCCAAGAUAUGGCAGUGGCUCCACAGGAAGACACACACUACUCUCAAACGGUCUCCACAAUCCUCCAAACCCAACGCAUCCGUUGGACUGAAACAUCCUCCUCAACACCUUACGUCUCUUACUCCAGCCAAUCGGCUUUCACCAAGUGGACUAACCGCUGCUCUGAUCACAUCCUCCACACCCCCAUCGAAGGCGCAUCCCAGUGGUUCCUAAAGUACAUCCUCUUCAGCGUACCAUAUCUCCACCACAAAUAUCGCGAAGAAAACAACUCCCCUAAGUCACGUGACGCAGACGCCGCUAGCCGUUUCCGCAAAGCCACAGCAGCUCAAGAAGAGCUCAGCGCUAAUCACGUGCUAGCAGAACGACGCCGCAGGGAGAAGCUUAACGAAAGAUUUAUAAUAUUAAGAUCCUUGGUACCUUUCGUGACCAAAAUGGAUAAAGCGUCCAUAUUGGGUGAUACUAUAGAGUACGUGAAACAGUUACGCAAAAAAAUUCAAGAUUUGGAAGCGCGCAACCGUCAAAUGGAGAACGAACGGGGGUUGAGAUCAUCGUCGGAGCCGCCGUCGCACAGGACGUCCAGUUUGAAAGAGCAGAGGAGUGGAGUUACUACAACGAUGGUGGUUGAUCGGAGUAGGAAUGAGAAGAAGAAGUUGAGGAUUAUAGAAGGGAGCGGCGGAUGUGCGAAGUCGAAGACAGUGGAGACGUCGACGGAGCAGGAGGUAAAUGUGGAGGUUUCGAUAAUAGAAUGUGAUGCGUUGUUAGAGUUACAAUGUGGGUAUAGAGAAGGGCUGUUGCUUGAUAUAAUGCAGAUGUUAAGAGAUUUAAGGAUUGAAACGACGGCGGUUCAGUCUUCUUCCAAUAAUGGUGUCUUUCUAGCUGAAUUGAGGGCUAAGGUGAAGGACAACGUUACCGGAAAGAGAGUAAGCAUUGUGGAGGUUAAGAGGGCAAUACGUCAGAUAAUACCCCAUGAAUGAUUCUCCUUUUAUUGGUAGAAAUAGAAGAUUAGAUUUAGAGUAAUUAAGCAAAAAUGAAAAGAACUGACUUUUUUUUUGUUUUUCUCUUCUUUUUUUUUUGUCUCUCUUGCUUGAAAAUCUUAGAUGUGUACAGAUUAGCAGGAUAUGAGUGGUCCUUGAUUGUAACCUAUUAUAACAUAGCAUGCACCAUUUUCAGCAUAUAAGUAUCAGUUCCGACAAAUAUAAAAUCAUAUUGGCCAUUUCUCGCUCA